AGGAGAGGUUGGCAGGUGGUAAAAGGGUCCUGAGUUUGGUAAGGUGGAGGGAGUAUGUUCGUGCAUUCCGACCUCGGCUGAGGCUAAAAAGAGCAACAACUGAUAACUGUAACAGUUGUUACAAAAUCGAAAUUGAGCUCAAAGAUCCUACGAUUUCACAGGAGCGGAAAGCUGAACUAAAGCUUCAAAAGAAAUGCACCUGGAGAAGGCAAUUGUCCAGAGGAGAGCCAUGAAUAAAGCGAUAGCAGACUACCAGAUUGCUUGGGCACCUGAAGAAUGCAUUGUUAAGGAGGCCCUGUCCCUCGUGGCAGAUGAUUCAGUCGAGAGUGAGGAUCUGGCAGCUACAGACACUAACCAGCCUGGAUCUCCAGCUACUGCUACUCCGGACCAUCCAAGUUCUCCUGCCAUUGACCAUCCCAGCUCUUCCCCUCCUAAUACAAGUGACCAGCCCAGCUCUCAGUCUGCUACCAUUACCAUCACGGACAAGGAUCAGCCUGGGUCUUCUACUAGCACCAACGACCAGGGUUAUGACCUGCCCAGCUCUUCCUCUGCUGUAGUUGACAAACCCAGCUCUUCUUCUACUCCAAGUGACCAGCCAAGCUCUUUCACUACCAAAAUCAAAAGAGAACUGGAGGAGCAACAGGAUUUUGUCCUGCUACAAGGAGAAGGUAAUCUGGAAGUACCUCUUGCCCCACCAGCUCUGCCUCGGCUUCCUACUGCCCCACGUGCCCCAGCCCUGCCCGCUGCAGCACUGCCCGCUCCUGCCCCGCCUGCUCCAGCCCUGCCUGCUCCUGCCCCGCCCGCUCCUGCCCCUCCAGCAACCAAACCGAUCAAAAAAAAGUCUAAAGCAGACAAGGUUUUAGAAACGGAGGCAAGGGCAGAGGCACCUGCCCCGCCCGCUCCUGCCCCUCCAGCAACCAAACCGAUCAAAAAAAAGUCUAAAGCAGACAAGGUUUUAGAAACGGAGGCAAGGGCAGAGGCACAGAAAGAACUCUGUAGGCAAAUGAUGGCUGAAUCAGCAUCUUCUGCACACAGAGAAGAAAUUUCUAGACUAAAAAGGAGGGUUGCUGCCUUGGAGGAGGAGGUUGCCAGGAAGGACACCAUGAUUGCAGCACAUGAACAGGCGAGGCAGGGAGCCGUCUUCAGUGUUGAUAUCACCCCAAAGAAAAGGAGACUGAUACAAGAGAUCAGUGAUUUGGUCUCUGGCCAAUCUGUAAGCAACAUGCACCUUGAAAACAAGGUCCUCAAGACCUCAAGACCAGAGACCCAGACCAGACCAGAGACCAAGACCAGAGCAGAGACGAAGAAACCAGAGACCAGAGACCAAGACCAGAGUAUGGACUGGUCAUGUUCUGUAAGUUGACCUCUUUUGUAUAUACAUUUUUAUGCCUCCGUUACGAAGUAGCCGGAGGC